AUGACCACAAUCCGGACAGCUGCCCGAAUCUCUGCAACAGAAGCGUGCGACUCCGUGCGAAUCUGCAAACUGGGAGAUGUUCGAAAUGAAAGCGGCAAUUCCGUAUUCUCUUCACUGGGAUUGGACGGGCGUUCACCCAUACUAGCACCGAAGAUGAAAAGCGAUCUACGAGAAUACGGAGCAUUCUCGCUCAAAGGAAACGUAAUCAACACCGAUCAGAAUAUAGCACAUAUUUAUGAAACGGAAAUGCUUGUCUUAGUAAAAAUCAUGCAUGUAGAAUAG